AUGCCUUUACGAACAUCCGCCACAGUCUUCAACCUGAUGCCUCGAUCCGAACCAUCUGCUGGCAACAACACGACCUCAAAUCUCUGCCUCUCACUCUCCUCGAGCAGCGACAGCCAAGUCCUCAUCUCCAGACGCACACUCAUCGUCACCCUCGCCCUCUGCGCCCUUCUCACCCUCCUCUCCAUGGCCGCAGCGUCACUUCUCCUCUACCGCGAGAUAGCCCGCCGUCGCCAGACGAAAGUAGCAAAGAAAUGGGGUCGCCAGUCCCGAUUCAACCACCGGAUCAGCCUCAUGCGGAAGGAAAUCGACACGGAGUACUCGAAGCACUACACGGGGUACUUACAACACGAACCUGAGAACCCGGAGAUGGGAAGCGAUAGCCCGGUGGAGAUGAUGCCGCCGGAGAGGCUGUGCGAGGUGCCUGCGAUCCCGGCGCUCGCGGCGAAUAAGAAUGCUGGGACACCGAAAGGGAGGUGGAAGACGAUGAGUUUGGUCUUUGAUCAGGGAGUGGGGAUGUGGAUGCCGAAGCGGGAGAGGACGGUAACGUGA